AUGUCAAAAAAGCAUUACAGUUUCAGCACAUUAACAUUUCUUCUUGUUUUAGUGCAAAAUCUAAGCACAAUAGAAUGUCAUUCAAAGGGAAUUCGACCAAUACAUUCAACAGGAAACGGUUUAGCAACCAAUAAUACAACAAGAACAGAGUUAUCAGAACAACAGUUCAUGAAAUGGGUGAGUUUUGUUGGUGGUCUCAAACACACAGUUUUCAAGACUGCAAAAAACAAGCUCUUUGCUUCAUACACUUUGCACGUUGAUAAGAAUCCUUCUUUUGGAGAUUUCACUACAAUUCAAGAUGCCAUUGAUUCUCUUCCCCCUAUCAAUCUUGUUAGAGUUGUCAUCAAAGUUCAUGCAGGAGUUUACACGGAGAAAGUUAACAUUCCUCCAUUGAAAUCCUUCAUAAGCAUAGAAGGAGAUGGAGCAGAUACAACCAUUGUUCAAUGGGGUGACACUGCUCAAACACCAGGUCCAAGAGGGACUCCAAUGGGAACAUAUGGUUCAGCAACUUUUGCUGUUAAUUCACCUUAUUUCAUUGCUAAGAACAUCACAUUCCAAAACACAUUUCCUGUUCCUGCACCUGGAGCAGUUGGAAAACAAGCAGUAGCAUUUAGAAUUUCAGCGGACACAGCAUCAUUCUUAGGAUGCAAAUUUUUAGGAGCACAAGAUACACUUUAUGAUCAUCUUGGUAGACAUUACUAUAAAGAUUGUUACAUCGAAGGCUCUGUUGAUUUCAUCUUCGGCAAUGCUCUCUCCCUCUUUGAGGAAUGUCACGUGCACGCGAUAGCGAGAAAUACAGGAGCACUAACGGCACAAGGAAGGAGUAGUAUAUUACAAGACACAGGAUUCUCAUUUGUGAACUGUAAGGUCACGGGUUCAGGGGCACUGUACCUUGGAAGAGCUUGGGGUCCUUUUUCACGAGUUGUGUUUGCUUAUACAAAUAUGGACAAUAUCAUCAUUCCUAAAGGAUGGUAUAAUUGGGGUGAUCCUAACCGUGAAAUGACUGUGUUCUAUGGACAAUACAAAUGCACAGGACCAGGAGCAAGUUUUGCAGGAAGAGUAUCAUGGUCAAGAGAACUCACUGAUGAAGAAGCUAAACCUUUUCUUUCACUUACCUUUAUUGAUGGGACUGAAUGGAUCAAUUUUUAG